AUGUCUGCUUCUGCGGCUACUGAAGCAGCAGUGCUUGCUGCUGCGCGGUCGGAGGGACCGGAACAGCAGCAGCAGCAGCAGCAGCAGCAGCAGCAGCAGCAGCAGGAGCAGCAGCAGGUAGAGCAGCAGCCGCAGCAGCUGCAGGAGCAGCAGCAGCCGCUGCAGCAGCAGGAGCAGCAGCAGCCGCUGCAGCAGCAGGAGCAGCAGCAGCCGCUGCCGGAGCAGCAGCAGCCGCUGCCUGAGCAGCAGCAGCCGCAGCAGCAGCAGCCGCUGCCUGAGCAGCAGCAGCCGCUCCCGGAGCAGCAGCAGCCGCUGCCGCAGCAGGAGCAGCCGCAGCAGCAGCAGCCGCUGCCGGAGCAGCAGCAGCAGCUGCAGCAGCAGCAGCCUCUGCCGGAGCAGCAGCAGCCGGUGACGCAGCAGCAGCAGCCGCUGCCGGAGCAGCAGCAGCCGCUGCCGGAGCAGCAGCAGCCGCUGCCGCUGCAGCAGGAGCCGCAGCAGCAGCAGCCGCUGCCGGAGCAGCAGCAGCCGCUGCCUGAGCAGCAGCAGCUGCUGCAGCAGCAGCAGCCGCUGCCGGAGCAGCAGCAGCAGCUACAGCAGCAGCAGCCGCUGCCGGAGCAGCAGCAGCAGCUGCAGCAGCAGCAGCCUCUGCCGGAGCAGCAGCAGCAGCUGCCGCUGCAGCAGCAGCCGCAGCAGUCGCAGCAUCUGCAGCAGCAGCAGUCGCUGCAGCAGCAACUGCAGCAGCAUCAGGAAUCAAAGUUGUAUAAGCAGCAGGAGCAGCGUAAUAAGAAGCAGCAGCAGCAACGCACAUUUGCUUCUUUCUUUCGUCGCUACCUGCUGGGGCCCCUGCUGCUGCUGAUUCUCCUCGUAGCUGUAUUGGCUCUAUACUAUGGCUUCAAGCGCCCGGGGGCCCCCAGCAGCAAGGCCGAGGCCCCCCCCAGGCGAUACAAAACUCGUCAGCAGGGGGCCCCCGAGGGUACCACCAAGGCAGCAGAGCUCUCUCUGCAGAGCACAGGGGGGCCCCCCCCCCACCAACCCUAUACUGAGCAUGGGGGCCCCCCGCCAGACGUUGAAAGCCUACUAAGGGGGAGAUCGGGGGGCCCCCAUGAGCUUGGGGGCCCCCUUAUAAGGGGCAGUGCAAUACACCACGAGGACCCUGGUACCUUCUCUAUAGAAGAGGGUACAGGGGGCCCCCAGGAGCAGGAGCAUGAGGGGGCCCCCGCUACUCUGGCUGCAGAGGAGGCCCCCCGUAGCACUGCUGACGACGCGCAGCCUAUAGAUCUAUGGAGCUCAGCAGCAGCAGCAGCAGCAAAAGCAAAAGCUGCAGCAGCAGAAGCAGCAGCUGCUGCUGCUGCAGAAGCAGAAGCAGCAGCAGCAGAGGCAGCAGAAGCAGAAGAAGCAGCAGCAGCAGCAGCAGCAGCAGAAGCCGAAGCCGAAGCAGCAAAAGUAGCAGCAGCAGAAGCACCAGAAGAAGAAGUAGCAGCAGCAGAAGCAGCAGCAGCAGAAGCAGCAGCAGCAAAAGCAGCAGCAGAAGAAACAGCAGCAGCAAAAUUAGCAGCAGCAGAAGCAGCAGCAGCAAAAGCAGCAGCAGCAGAAGUAGCAGCAGCAAAAGCAGCAGCAGCAGAGGCAGCAGCAGCAAGAGCAGCAGCAGCAAAAGCAGCAGCAGAAGGAAGUGGCUGGGGUUCAGCAGGAGGGGAGAGAGGGGGUGGGGGGGGGGCCCCCAUGGGUACUGCUGCUGGGGGCCCCCUAGAUGCUGUGGGGGCCCUAAUGGCUAGCUACGAAGAUAUAUCUCUCCGCAGCUCUUUUCCUUCUAUUGUUAUUCAUCGACUUGUCUCCUCUGCUUCUGCUGUCUCUUCUUUUUCUUCUUUUUCUGCUGAGUUUAUGGCGGAGACAAAGCAGGGGAAGUUGUUUAGUUGUUUAGUUGUUGUGGUGAUAGAUGGAGAUACACUGCGCUGUGUUCCUGUUGCUUCAGAUGCUGAGGUGUAUGUACACCUCAGCCCACAGCAGUCUUCUUUUUCUGCUGAGUUUAUGGCGGAGACAAAGCAGGGGAAGUUGUUUAGUUGUUUAGUUGUUGUUGUGAUAGAUGGAGAUACACUGCGUUGUGUUCCUGUUGCUUCGGAUGCUGAGGUGUAUGUACACCUCAGCCCACAGCAACAUAAAACUCUACCACCUCUUGCUGCUGCUCUAGAUACACCCACUGAGGUGUACGUACACCGCAACACACACCCACAGCUAGAGCUCAGCCCCUGGCCCGCCCGCUGUCACCCUCUCUCUGCAUGCACAGUAAAAGUUCGUUUGUAUGGUAUAGAUGCUCCUGAGAUGAAGAAAGAUAAAAAAAGAACAGCAGCAGCAGCAGCAGCAGCAACUCCUGCUGCUGCUGCUGCUGCUGGUGCAGCAGCAGGAACACCUACAACUGCUGCAGCAGCAGCAGCAGCAGAAGGGGCAGCAGCAGCAGAAACUGCAGCAGAAGAAUAUGGAUCUGUACACCUUGAUGCAGGGGGAC